AGAAUUCGCAAGUAAUGAAGAAAGAAAACAGAAAGGAAAAAAAUGAUAAUGGAGUAAAGUCAGACGUGAUAAAGAAACGAUUUAAAGAAGAUGAGAAGCCUGAAAGAUUACUUAAAGCACAAGACAUUAUCGGUAGCGAGACAUGA